AUGGCGGAGCCGAAUCGCUUCCGUCUUGAUUUUGGGUCCCAUCGGGCCCUCCCCGCCCACGAAGGUUGCGUAAGCAGUACUCAGUACCAGAACCCCGAUUGCGGCGCUGGACCCGAGCAAGUCUACUCUCCGCUUGUCCGAGAGACCCCCGGUGACAUACCCGUCAACUGGACGCAGAUGCCGUUCUUCGACGAGGCCUUCUGGGCACAGCAGGGAGACAGCCUGAACGACAUCGUCGACGAGUACAAGGAUGAAUAUCAAGAACACAAGGAGGGAGGUGACACCACUACCCCUAGGCGGGGGCUGUGCGAACUGCCGAACAAGACUGCCGAGGAACACGCUAUGGCCAGUUGCGCGGUUAUGGCCAAAGGUCUGGUCAAUUGGAUCAAGAAAAACAUGGCAAAUGACCGCAUUCGCCAGAAACUGAGUCUCAAGGCCCUUCCGGACCUUCUUAACACCAAGCAGCCGGUCACAAAGAUGAUCCGCACUAUCAACGCCAACAAUUCAAUUGUCUACUACGUCAAGAACGAGACGCUUUACGAGCAAAUGUUCGACAAAACCAAGGAGAACGGCACCUAG